UCAAAUCAUCAGUCAAUUUCCAUUCAACAUCGAAAAACCAUCGAUUCCGUCCGUCCAGAACAACUAAAAUGUUCAAGUACCUGCUUUUGGCCACCCUCAUUCCAGCGGUUAUACUGCAGAAUGCCGACAACAUCGACCAUGAGAAUUGGGAUAGAGUAGCCUUCCGUCCGUGUGCUGGUGCUCGCCCGAUUCCACGGGAGCUUCGUAUCAGAAACUGUCCAAGUUUACCGUGCCUGUUGGCUCGGGGUACUGAUGCCAAAAUGGCCAUAGAUUUCACUUCAGUCCAAGAAGCCACCACCCUGCGCGCCGCCGUGACUGCAACAGCGCUCGGAGUUACGGCUCCCUACGAGUUGCCAGCUGACCGUGCUGCCGCCUGCAACUGGCUAGUACAGUCUCGUUGCCCGACUUCGCCAGGAGAGGAGCUGAUCUACCAUUUGAGCAUGCCCAUUACUCCCAUCUACCCAUUGGUCAGUGUGACUAUUCAAAUGGAUUUGGUGGAUCAGACCCAGCAGUCCCAUGGUUGUUUCGUCAUUGAUGCCCGAGUAGUUGCCAAUUAAGGUCUCCCGCACAAUAAUG